CCUUUCUUAUUGUUUCCACAAUAUUCCAACACUGCCCUGCGCAAAGCAAAGCGCGAGACGUCUUUGCCUUCUUCUUCGAAGUUAUCUCUCACAUCCAAUUAGAAGGAGAUUGGCAGUUUAAUCUGCUAUUUUGCAGCUCGCUAAAGUGGAGGGUAUUAAGUUCGAAGCUUCUUUUAUGUCUGAACAGGCUACUUUCUUUUUGUCAUCAAUUGGGUUACUUGGUGAGUACUGUCCUACGUCUAGGAAAAAGAACGGACAUAUUGUUGAUAAAGUUGGAUGCAUGCAUCUUGGCUUAUCAGAAGGCUACAGUGCACACUGUUUGGGUUGCCAGUUUAUGCGUCCUUUUCCAAUUGCUAACUUUACUGGUAAAGGAGGAUUUCUGGUCACAAGAAAACCUGCAUCUGAUUUGUGCCACUUCUGAGAAACUUAAUCCACCAGUCUGACUGUAGACUGUAGUAACAAGAUGGCACUACAAAACAUUGGUGCUUCAAACCGUGAUGAUGCUUUCUAUAGGUAUAAGAUGCCAAGAAUGGUAACGAAGAUUGAAGGUAGAGGAAAUGGAAUCAAAACUAAUGUGGUUAACAUGGUUGAGAUUGCAAAGGCUCUUGCUAGACCUGCUUCUUACACCACAAAGUAUUUCGGUUGUGAGCUUGGAGCACAGUCCAAAUUUGACGAUAAGACUGGAACUUCCCUUGUUAAUGGUGCCCAUGACACUGCAAAGCUUGCCGCACUUCUUGAAAACUUCAUUAAGAAAUAUGUUCAAUGCUAUGGCUGUGGCAACCCCGAGACUGAGAUACUGAUCACUAAGACGCAGAUGAUCACCCUGAAAUGCGCUGCAUGUGGAUUUAUUUCAGAUGUUGAUAUGCGGGACAAGCUUACAACAUUUAUUGUCAAGAACCCGCCUGAGCAAAAGAAGGGAUCAAAAGACAAGAAGGCAAUGAGGAGGGCUGAGAAGGAGCGGCUUAAGGAAGGGGAGGCUGCUGAUGAGGAGCAGAAGAAGCAUAAAAAGGAGGUAGUGAAGAAGAAAGGCACCUCUGGUAGUGCAAAGGAUGUUGCUUCCAAAGCAUCAAUUAAGAAAAAAAGCAAUAGCUCUGAUGAGGAUCACUCCCCAACUUACAGCCAGGCUGAUGAGAAUGACCAAGCAGUCGAUGAUGAUGAUGAUGUCCAGUGGCAGACAGACACUUCAUUGCAGGCAGCUCGGCAGCGCAUCCAGGAACAGUUGAGUGCUGUAACUGCUGAUAUGGUCAUGCUUUCUACAGAAGAGGAGAAGCAAAAGUCUGCAAAGAAUUCUCCAGGACGCGAAGGGAAAACUCAGAUUAAUGGACACAGCAACGGUCUUACUAGUGCCCAUGGGAAACUCGAUGAAGAGAAGCAAAAGUCUGCAAAGAAUUCUCCGGGGUGCGAAGGGAAAACGGAGAUUAAUGGACACAGCAACGGUCACAGUAGUGCCCACGGGAACCUUGUUGACGCCAUAAGGGAAUUCCUGAAGAAGGGUUCCUCUGCAAGCCAGCUGAAAUCCUUUUUGGGAUCACUCACUGGGAAUUCCCAAGAAGUCAUGGAUGCCCUGUUUGAUGCUCUCUUUGGGGGCAUUGGAAAGGGGUUCGCAAAAGAUGUGGCCAAAAAGAAGAACUACUUGGCAGCAGCCACUCAAGAGGAGGGAUCUCAGAUGGUUCUGUUGCGCGCUUUGGAGUCUUUCUCUGCAAAGGCAAGUCCCGAGGCUGCUAAGGAGGUGGCAUUGGUUCUGAAAGCACUUUAUGACGGUGAUCUGUUGGAGGAGUCGUCUGUAUUCGAGUGGUACCAGCAGGGUUUGGUUGGUGGCAACAAAACCUCCCGGAUUUGGAAGAAUAUUGAGCCCUUUAUUCAGUGGCUUCAGAAUGCUGAGUCCGAGUCAGAAGAGGAGUGAUCCUGAACGCCCUACUUUGCCUACAUUACUUCUACUACUAUCUAUCUCAAUGGAAAUUAAAUGGUUUAAUUUGUGUUUUAUUCCGUCGUUGAUGUCUGUCUUGGUGUCUGGAAAUAAAAGGAUAAGCAUUGGGCUGGCUUUUCUGAGCCUGUCAGCUGCCCAAUGCUUUGCUUUUGUUGUUUAAUUUGAGUUGGCUUGCCUGUUUGACCUAAAGACGAUAAAUGCUUUUAUUUAUGUUGUGUUAAAUUGAGUCUGCCGUUUGGUUUC